GCAGGAAAAAAUAACAAUAAUAUAUAAAAACAGUGUGCUGUUGAUUUUUAUCGCUAUAAAAAAAAUUUAAAUAAAUCAAAAAAAAAAUGGCAACAUACGCUGCAUUUAAACACGUUGAAUUAUACAAUGUUGGUAAAACAAAGAAGAGGGUCUUGAGACCACCAGGUGGCGGUUCUACUGACAUUUUCGGCUCAGAUGUCCCAUCUACUCCGAGAAGUGUAAAGAAUCACAUGCAAUCAAAUAUCUUUUCGUGUGAAAAGGGUUCAGUGAAAAAUAAUGUCCGACAAGGAGCUCACAGAUUCUAUUUCAUUGGUGAUCAGCCACGUCGGGGUCAAAAGAAUACAGACUCUUAUACUCGUCUGUUUGGUGAUGUAGAUCGUCCAUUUACACCAGCCAAGAAUCACAUGAAGAGUAAUCUUGGCUUUAGUGGAAAUAAUGCCGCUGCAGAAAAUGGUAACGGCAAUAAUGCUACAGCCAAUGGUAAUGGACAUCAUGCUAGCAAUGGAAGAAAUGGUAAAUUCGAAAAUGGUGGCUCGUCAUCAUCGGCAUCGUCAGUUUCCUCUUCCACUGAAAACUUAAAGAUGAAUGGCCUCUCAAAGACAGUAUUUUACCGUAAGAUGAGUGGUAAACUCGAUGAAACAUCUGUUGUUUCCUCUUCACCACGACGUUUAAUUGAAAGUGGUAUAUCAAAAGAUGAAAAGAUCAUCAUAUCCAAUGAUAGUCCUUCAGCGAGAAGUUCAUCAUCAAUCAAAAUAACAGAGAAAACAUUAAUUGGUGGUGGCGAUGGUGGGUCCUCACGCUCACCAUCACGACGCACACUCAUGAACAGCUCUGAAGACUCAAGAUCUGAAUUGACAACUUCAACUUCGUUUUCUCAGAAGUCCACUAGUGCAACUAGUGGAUCAAAUAAAUCUUCCACUUCACGAAAUCCGAUUACAGGAUUGGGUCUUGGAGCUGAAGGUCUUAAAUCUCGUCGAAAUGUCUAUCGUAGAGAUGGUAACCCUGUCACUGGAGAAGGAUAUAAACCAGCUGGCGCUGAAAUUAAUACAACCAUCCCAAGUCUAAAUGGUGCCAACCAAGUGAUUAACAAAAAUCGCAUUCCACCUGGUGGCUUUUCUUCCGGACUCUGGUAGAUAAGAUUCAAUGGCGGAUCCAUCAUAAAUUUUGUCACAAUAAAAAAUAACAAAUUAAAAUAUUUUUAAAAAAUAUUAAAAGAAAAAAAAAUUAUAAAAUAAACAACAACAUUUGCUAAAACCAAUAUUAUAUAAAAAAAAAAAUAAUAAUUAAAACAAAAAAUAGUUAUAACGCGGAAUGCAUUUAGAAAUGAAAAAAAAAAAAAAACACCA